AUAUCGCAGAAUAACUCGCUGAUUCUGAGCACUUGCGCAGGGCUGUCUGUGACGAACUUCGAGGACUUCGUCAGGCAGUUUGGGAAGGAGUAUGCCAGCGAGGAGUACAAGUGGCGCCAGGGGCUCUUCGAGGUCCACCUCAUGCAGAUGGCCGCCCACAACUGCGCCGACGAGCGCCCCUGGAAGACCAACGUGCCGCGGGCCGGGCGAACCUCUGAACGGCAGAGGGCGUGGGGCAGGCAGGGAGUUAUGUGCCCUGGCAUGCUCGCGUCGUGA